AUGGCGUACCUGGCGAACCAGUUGAAUGGCGGUGUACCGCGGUAUCCGUCGCCUUCAAUGCAGCAGCAAGGUGCUAUGCCUCUGAUCCAGCACACGUACCAUCCGAACGCGGGAUCAGACCAAUCUUACCAGCCACAAGCCUCGAUGGGACCCGUUCAAGGAGCUCUACCACCAGACCCGACGCAGAGUGAUGGUACUGGCAGGCCAAAUGGUAGUGGGCUUCCCAAAGCUUUUGCAUGCUCCAGUUGCGGCAAAGGCUUCGCUAGGAGAAGUGAUCUUGCUCGGCAUGAGCGCAUACACAGCGGCGUCAGGCCUCACGCAUGCGACUACCCGGGUUGCAACAAGCAGUUCAUCCAGCGCUCGGCGUUGACGGUUCACUCACGAGUACAUACUGGUGAAAAGCCGCAUAUGUGUGAGCGGUGUGGCAAGCCAUUCAGCGACUCAAGCUCGCUAGCACGCCACCGGCGUAUCCACUCUGGCAAGCGGCCUUACAAGUGCCCAUACGCGGAUUGCCAGAAGACCUUCACUCGAAGAACGACGCUCACGCGCCACCAAAAUCACCACACUGGUACCAUCGAGGAAUCAGAAGCCGCCACCGCUGCUGCUUUGGCGUCUCGCGUCAACAUGCAAAGCCGCUCUAGAGGGUCUGAUGAGGAAGGUGACUACUCCGACGGGAAGUCGCCGAUGCCUCAGCAGCCGGAUAGAGUCAACUCGCCAGCCAUCAAUGUUAACGGCGUUCCGCAGAUGCAGAGGCAAGGCUCGGAUCUCUAUAUGCAAGUCAUGGGCAACGGCAUGGCAGCAGCAGCCGCCUUCCCGCAGCAUCUUCGCAGCGAGAUGCAAGGCUCGCCUCGGCCGCAGUCGCCUUCGCAAUAUCCGAUGCCGCCCACCACCCAGCCGCAGAGGCCUGGACUUACUUCUAAUCCAUCAUCGGGCUACAACCCACCGCAGAUACUGGAGCCGCCAACGACUAACGGUCAGCAAACAGGCAGCGGAAGCAACAGCCCGCAUAUAAGUGCUGCAAUGGGGUGGCAAUCGCCGCACAACGGUCUGACGCAGCAUCAGCAGAGCGAUUAUUCAUACCCGGAUCCAAACGGCCAGUACGCGACCGCCAACGCGGCGGCGAUGUACUAUCAGCAGCCAGUGCAAAGGCCGCACAGCACUGGUCCGAUUGAUUACCAGCAGCUGCGCGGUGCGGAGAUGUGGGCCCAGCAUCAACAAUAG